AGACAACACGGCUUGACAUUGAUAUUUCCGGCAUAUCGAAUUGGAAAACAGAGAAUGAUGUUAGAAUGGAGAGAACUUUAUUAUAAUUUUUUCCAGGACUCUUGAGAUAUUUUACCCUUUUCUAUUUUCUUACCAAUUUUCAAUGCUGAUCUCUUUCUUGGUACCAGGGUCCUCAACAUGAAGCCGAUUUAUAAACGGAUCAGUAUGUUCAUAAUUCUGUUCUUUUUCUGUGCUGUUGCCUAUUAUUUUGGCUACACAUCUGUUCUAACAAAAGACGGUUCCAGGAAUUUGCACUUACCUGACUCCGUUCUUAAAGCAUUAACUUCAAAUUGGCAAAAACUUUCGCAGUCGAAAUUGGUGAAACUUAACGCCACGGCAUCAAAGACAAUGGCUACCUCAACUAGUGAAAUAGUAAAAGCCAUAAAAACUGCAGCGUUAUCAAAACAAAUUAAAAAUUCUUGUAAAAACUGCGUUCCAAACAACAUUCCAAUUAUUGUAGAGAACCGAGAUAUUUGCAAACGCCACAAGGAUCCGUCAAUUCAGUUGGAUUUGUUUGUUAUAAUUUUCACUCAGUUCAAAUUGAAAAAGCAACGGGACACCAUUCGCAACACUUGGCUGAAUCACUCAAGAAAUAACACUUCGAACGUUCGUUAUGCAUUUGCGUUCGGUCGGCUUCCCACCGACGCAGAUGACACAAUGUUGUCGAAAGAAGCAAACAUAUACAAAGACAUCGUUCAGGCGGAUUUCAAGGACAGUUACCGGAAUUUGACCUUUAAAACAAUAACAAUGCUUGGUUGGGUGAGCAGACAUUGCCCUCACGUGAAACACGUGAUGAAAACAGAUGAUGACAUGUGGGUUAACAUACCGAGAAUAAUUGAAACAUUCAAAGAGCAACCCCUACAUAAGACUGUUGCCGGCUGCUGUCCUUUGUCGGCGGGCCCUAUACGUUCUAAAGAGUCCAAAUGGUACGUUUCCUAUGAAGAAUACUCCAGAGACUCAUAUCCUGGCUUCUGUUCAGGAACUGGGUACGUGAUGGAUUUAUAUACUGCCACUAACAUUCACAAUGUCUCAGUAUACGUGCCUUUUCUCUAUUUAGAAGAUGUGUACAUAUCUUUGUGUAUAGAGUAUCUGGGAAACGGUUUUCAUUUACAGCCAAUUCAUGGGUUUUAUAAUUCUAGAUACAAUACAAACAAUUUGUGUGAUUUCCGUACGUCGGUAUUAACCAGUCAUUAUAUGUCCAUAAAUGCAAUACAAGACAUAUGGAAUGCUAAAUGUAAGAGAUAGAGAGAGUUGUGUGUGUGUGUGUGUGUGUGUAUGUGUGUUUGGAGAGGUCUUGCAUUGGUUUUUUUUUUUUAAAUUGGAAUCUAGGACAUUGUGAUUUUAAUUUCAGACAAAGAAUCGGACAGGUACAGUAUAAACGAAAUCGUUUCAUUUCUUUAAUCAGAUAUUCUCAUUAUUUCUCAAAUUAUCUCAAACAUGAAAUUGUUUGAAAUUCUGUGAUUAUUAUUUACCAGACACAAAAGAGAAAAAGAAAAAAAAAAAAAAACAAUAAUAGAAACGCCGAAAGUAACCGUGGGCGCAAACUGAUGGUAAAUUUCUGACAAC